AGCCAACAUCAUUCCCCAGCCGAACGCCAACAACGCUAGCAGCAGAUCCAGCGAUCAGCGUUAAAAGAGCCACAAUCCACGUUUAGCCAGCAGCCAGCAGCCAAGCACCAACCGCUAACCGCUAGCAUCGAUAACGAGCAGCUGUUUUGGGCCCAGUUUCAGACAGUUAUCUGGCCGCAUCUGCCAACAGCAGCAGCAGCGGCAGCACCGAUCCCCCGCAUCGUCAGCAUCAACAGCAGCGGCAGCAGCAGCAGCAGAAUUGUCAGCAGAAACAAGUGCAAAAGUGAAGUGAACUCCGCCGACAGCGACGCUCUCUCUGUCACCUCCACCUCCACCACCACCACCACCUGCUUUGGCAGCAGCUCCUCUCUCGCGCUCCGGCUGUGUUCGCCGCGGUUCGCUUUAGACUCGGACUCGGAUUCGGACCCGAGAUCGGGUUCGUGUGGCGCUCCGCUCGCGCUCCAAGUCGCGCCGUAAAUUACUUGCAAAGUUAAAUUUAGUCUCGGCUUUUAAUACCGUUUUUGUGCGUUUUCGAGUUGGUCGUGUUUUUAUUAACAACAAAAUUCCAAUCAACAAUCAAAAAAACAAAAAUCAGCUCGAACCAAAACCAAAAAAAAAUAAUUCCGAAGAGUAAAGCUCUUCCAGCUCUUCGGUGGGAAAGACUUUAAUGUGCCUGCGAGAAUCUUGAAAUUGUGAAACACUUCCCGGAUCGAUAUCCUGUUGGCCGAUAAUCCUGCUGAAAUUUUUUUUCUUGGCCAACUACCCAAGUAAACUACAUCAUUUUUUUUCUGUUGAACAAACUUGAACGGAGAUGUAAGCUACUCGCCCCCGCCGAGAACUGAGCCCCACUUCCUGCUGAACAUUAAGAAGAACAUUUUUUUUUCGACGCGGCCCACGACCCACCAGCUCCGAAACGUCCAGCGCCAGCAAGCCAGCCUUAAACAACAAUAUCCAAUUUCAUAACAUUUAAUUGCAAAGAGCAGCAAUUUAAUAUCAUAAUUUACAAACAAACAAACAAAAAAAAAACGCGCUCACAUACACACACACACACACAUACACAUACGGGCGCACUAAUACGCACACACAGAGGACAGCGUAUCAAAAAGACGGAAGUGGAUUUUGUUCGUUCAUCGGCAAAGCGGCGCAUCCUGUUUUUGGAUUUUCCACACAAUCAAAAAAAAACAAACAAACAAACACACACGGGACUCUCUCGCGAACACGUCGAAGAGUUGCGAUCACGUUUUCGCAACAGAUAUAACGCCGCACUCUUUCCUUUGGUUAAUUGAUUAACCAGCACACUCGAAAAAGGGAACGGAGAACGGAGAACACGGCAAGAGAAAUCCAGCAAGAUGACUGGUUUCACCAACGGCGGCUUCGAGAACGAUGAGCCCGUCAAGCCGAAAGCUGGUUUCGAGCCCGACACCGCCUCUCUGCGAGAGAAAGUUGUGCUGAAUCCGGCCGAGAAAUGGCGCAUCUUAAAGAAUAUCUCGAUCAUCUCGAUCGCCUUCAUGGUGCAGUUCACCGCGUUUCAGGGCACAGCCAAUCUGCAGUCGUCGAUUAACUCAAAAGAUGGCCUGGGCACUGUGUCGCUGAGCGCGAUCUACGCGGCCCUGGUGGUGUCGUGCAUUUUCCUGCCCACCCUCAUCAUCCGCAAGCUCACCGUCAAAUGGACACUCGUCUUCAGCAUGCUCUGCUAUGCGCCCUACAUUGCCUUCCAGCUCUUCCCGCGCUUCUACACCCUGGUGCCCGCCGGCAUACUGGUGGGUAUGGGCGCAGCGCCCAUGUGGGCAUCCAAGGCGACCUAUCUGACCCAGGUGGGACAGGUGUAUGCCAAGAUCUCAGAUCAGGCGGUCGAUGCCAUCAUUGUGCGGUUCUUUGGCUUCUUCUUCCUGGCCUGGCAGUCCGCCGAGCUCUGGGGCAAUCUGAUCUCCAGCUUGGUUCUCUCCAGCGGUGCUCAUGGAUCCAGCAGCAGCGCCAACUCAACGAUCAGCGAGGAGGAUCUGCAGUACUGCGGCGCCAACUUCUGCACCACCGGCGCCAACGGACACGGCAACCUGGAGCGUCCGCCAGAGGAUGAGAUCUUCGAGAUCUCGAUGAUCUAUCUGUCCUGCAUCGUGGCAGCCGUCUGCAUCAUUGCCUUCUUCCUCGAUCCCCUCAAGCGCUACGGAGAGAAGCGCAAGGGCUCCAACUCGGCCGCCGAGCUGUCGGGCCUCCAACUGCUCUCGGCCACGUUCCGUCAGAUGAAGAAGCCGAAUCUGCAGCUUCUCAUCCCCAUCACCAUCUUCAUUGGCAUGGAGCAGGCCUUCAUCGGUGCCGACUUCACCCAGGCCUAUGUGGCCUGUGCCUUGGGCGUCAACAAGAUCGGCUUCGUGAUGAUCUGCUUCGGCGUUGUCAACGCCCUCUGCUCCAUCCUGUUCGGCUCUGUGAUGAAAUACAUUGGCCGCACGCCCAUCAUUGUCCUCGGAGCCGUGGUGCACUUCACCCUCAUUACGGUGGAGCUGUUCUGGCGGCCCAAUCCCGACAACCCCAUCAUCUUUUACGCCAUGUCCGGCCUAUGGGGCGUCGGCGAUGCCGUCUGGCAGACCCAGAUCAACGGCCUCUACGGGCUGCUUUUCCGCCGCAACAAGGAGGCCGCUUUCUCCAACUACCGCCUGUGGGAGUCGGCUGGCUUCGUGAUCGCCUACGCCUAUGCCACAACGCUGUGCACCCGCAUGAAGCUCUACAUCCUGCUGGCGGUGCUCACGCUCGGCUGCAUCGGCUACGUCAUUGUCGAGAUCCUCUACAGGAAGAAGCAACGCAAGGUCAAGAAGCAGGAGAAGCUGGAGGCUGCCGAGAAGGAGAAGGAGGCCGCGGCUGCCGCAGCCAUUGCUGCUGCCGAGGCCAAUGCGAUCGACUGCGUCGAGGAGACCGACGACGAGCUGGAUGAUCUCGAAGAAGAUAUUGUAGUCACGCGCCUGUAAUCGGAGCCAUCGGUGCCGAUAACUAUGAACUGUUCGAUCAAUUGAAUCGAGUGAUCGAUAAUCGAAGAUCGAAAGGAAAUAAAUCGUUGUAUAGCCAAUGGCGUACUUAGUGCAUUGACCCCCUUCCCCCCACCAUACCAUAUGCCUACCACCCCCCUCCCCCACUCCACCAAGCACUCGACACCACAGCCCCUCCUCCUCCAGAGAAAAAACCAUUUAGCUCAAAGACCAUCCCGAGACGCACACACACACAUGCCACUCGAUAUGCAUGCAGCCCCACCACCCCCCUCCCCACUCCAACGAAUGUGUGUGUGUGUGUACUUGGGUAACUUUAAUUUGUACAUAAAAAGAGAGAACCGAAAGAGAGUGAGAGAGAGAGAGAGGAGAGAAAGAAAGAGGAGAAUGACAGGCAAGAGCAGCCAGUCGAAGAGAGAGAAUGAAAUGAAAGCAAAAUAUGCGGAAUACAUUUGCAUGUGUGUUAGUGUACGCACGAUUCCACUCACACACAUCACCACACACACGUACAUAUAUGUACUGUACAUUGCAUAUGUGUGUGUGUGCGGGCCCCUUAAUGCCUAAACCAAUUGUUAUUUUAUUUUAAAUCGUAUUUUAACUAUAGUCUCUACCAUAAAACACUUUUCAUUGUAAAUUGAGUUUUAUAUAUACAUAUAUAUAUAUAUUUUUUUUUGGUUCGUUGCCGCUGAGAAAACAGAAAGGAAAACGUGAUAUUCCGCAACACUCCCACACACACAACACACACGCACACACACACACGUACAGACAUACAGUCACAACAAAAA